UCAAAAAAGGCGGCUGAGGCGAUUAAUUGAUUCGGCUGCGGACGGUCUCGGAGACGGGAAGGGCGUAGAGUCUGAGGUGGCGUCGCUCAGAGAAGGGAGACCGAGGCCGGGUCUGGCUACCGGACGCUGUUGGGUAGAGAAUGUAUCAGCCUCCGUCCUGCCCCGAAGGACAGUGUGAGGGGAGGCUUCGGCCAUCCUCCCCGGCCGGACCUGGGUCUCCACUGCGGGGAAGAGGAGAAAGUCGCGCCGCCCGAGAGGAGGAGGAGAGCGGGCCCCGCAUGCCUCCGCCGGAAGAGAGUGGGGAAGGGCCGGGAGAUCCCGGGCCUUCAGGAAGGAUGAGCCGAGAGAGAAGCUUGGAAAGGUCGCUACCUGGUGGGCGAUGCAGGGAGGAGGAAACGGGCGGAGGGUCCUUCGAAAGACCCGGGAAUCUCCAAAGGAUCAAGGAGGGAGGAAAGAAAUAUCAGUGCCCAGAAUGUGAACAAUCCUUCAGAAGAAAGGACUAUCUUGAAAAGCAUCUAAGAAUCCACUCAGGAGAGAAACCUCACAAGUGCCUGGAGUGCGGAAAGAGCUUCAGUCAUUUGGCAAACCUUUAUAGGCAUCAAAUGAUCCAUUCAGGAGUCAAACCAUAUAAAUGCCUGGAGUGUGGAAAGAGAUUCAGUCAGAGGAGCAGUCUUGAUAGACAUGAAAGGAUCCACACUGGAGAAAAACCAUACAAAUGCCUGGAAUGUGGAAAGAGCUUCAAUGUGGUGGGAAACCUUUAUACACAUCAAAGAUUCCAUUCAGGAGAAAAGCCAUAUAAAUGCCUGGAGUGUGGAAAGAGCUUCACUCUGAGUGGACAUUUUUAUUCACAUCAAAAAACCCACACAGGAGAAAAACCAUAUAAAUGUCUGGAAUGUGGAAAGAACUUUGCUGAGGGUGCACAGCUCCAUGAUCAUCAAAGGAUCCAUACUGGAGAAAAACCGUAUAAAUGCUUGGAGUGUGGAAAGAGUUUCAGUGUGAGCGGUAGUCUUUCUAAGCAUCGAAGGAUACACACUGGAGAAAAACCAUACAAAUGCCUUGAGUGCGAAAAGAGCUUUACUGAUGCUGGACACCUCCUUCGACAUCAAAGGAUUCACACUGGAGAAAAACCAUAUAAAUGCCUUGAGUGCGAAAAGAGUUUUACUGUGGGUGCACACCUCCGUCGACAUCAAAGGAUUCACACUAGAGAAAAACCGUAAAUGUGCCUGGUGUGUGGAAAGGGCUUCGAUCAGAAAGGACAGCUUUAUAGACAUCAAAAAAUCCACAGAGGAGAAAAUACUAUAAAUGCCCAGAGUGUGGAGAAUCCUGCACACAAGCAGAAAACUCAGAAGCCAUCAAAGCAUUCACAUGGGGGAAAACAAUGCACAGAGUGUGCUAAAUCCUUCAGAACAAAUGGAAAUUCCAAAACCACCAGAAUCAAUUUGGGAGAGAAACAUGAUUGUGGCUACAAAUGUAGCCAGCAAAUUCCUCAGCUCUGAAUGAUAUGCACAAGGGUUUCUCUAGUGCUAAGAACCUGCUUAAAUACUUAUCACAGACCUAAUCACAAGCUAAUAAGGCACAGGUGUUUCUAUUGCUCAUUCAACCUGUGGAUGUAUACCGUAUUAUCAGGCCAAACCUUCAAGGAUAUGCAAACUUGGAAACAGAAGCAUUUUACUAUUAUUUUUAUUAUGGUUGGUUUAAUGUCCUUACUUGUGAA